UUCAGUACUAAAGAGUGCCCUAAGACGUGUCCGUAAACAUAGUAUUUUGUAAUUUUAGUUUGGCUUACUGUGUUUCAUGGUCUCCUAAUUGUUAUACACAAUAAUGUUUCUCAGAAGUUAGCCAUAUUUGAGUGGGACAUCAGUGUUAAAAUUUAAUUUAUAAUGUUCAAAAAUUUAAAAAAGAAACUUGAGCAGGGAGUUGCUCAAUCUAAAGCUGCAGUGUCCGGUUUGGCUGCAGCUGCAAAGGGGGAUGAGAAAAACACAUCAACUGAGUCUUUAGGCAGACCUCUGGCUGAAAGCACACCGAAUAAAGAUGGGGGCCAAGCUAGAAGCAAUGAGCAUACAAAUGGUUCCAGUACCUCCAAUGUUCCAACUGGUCAGCUGGUUGACAUCCCAUUGUUUGAGGGCUCUGACUCUACUUAUUAUGAGACUGCCUCAGAUAUCAGCUCUGUCCAAGGAGACAGGACCCCAACUAGAUCUAGAACUUCCUCUAUCAGUUCUAUGACCAGUGAAAAUUCCUUCUUCCCAAAUGUCAGCUUCUCCCACAGCUACUACAUGCCAUCAGACGCAGAAAGUGAAGUGGAGGAAACAUCUGUGAACCUUUCUUCUAUCUCUAAAGAAGAUCUUUAUGCUUGUGUUAAAAGAGUUGAAAGAAGAGCUUUUAAAUACAAAUCCAAAUUCAUGGAACUUGCAUCUGCUUACAAAGAUAUGUUACAAGAAAGAGAGAAGUUGAAGACCACCAUGGCUCAGUGUCAGGACAGGGCCUUCCGUAGAAUGUCUGAACUCAGGGAACAGAUUCAGCUUGACCAGCUAGCCAAGAGGGACCUGGAGGUGAAUUACAAGCUGUUGCUGGACGAGAAGGAUGAAUACGUUAAAGUUCUCAACACUCAGAUUAAGCUGCUAAAGGAAGGGAAAGACAUUCCAGAAGAACUUUUAACCAAGCUGUCAGUCACACAAGCCAAAGCUGAAGCUCCUCCCCCAUCAGCUGGAGGGGACAACAAAGGAAAGAUAACUCAAAAUGAAGAAAUUGAAUUGUUAAAAUCCAAGAUAAAAAGACAAGAUGGACUUUUACAGAAGUGUAAAGAAACAAUAACAAGUUACAAAGAGAAAGUAACUCAGUUGUCACAUGAUAAACAAGAACUAUUAGGGAAAUUAGAGUUGUCUUCCAAGGGUAGCAUUCCAACCAAUUCACAAGAAGCCACUGAGCAAGUGACCAAGUUACAAAAUCAAAUAAAAGAAGCAAAGAAAGUGAUUGAACAGCUUGAGACUGACAGAGAAGUGGCUAUAGCAGGGGUCAAACAGCAGAUGCACGAGGAGAUGGAGAAGAGAGAUGCUGAGGUUGAGAAUGUCAAAAUACAAAAUCAAAAUCUCUUGUCAGAAAACAACUCACUCAAGCUGGAAGCUGAGAAAAACUUGAAUCAAAUUGAAGACUUGACAAAAACUAACAAAGAGCAGCUGGAGAAGGCCAGGGAAAUCAUGAAGAGACUGAAAGAAGAAAAACAACAGGUGAUGGAGCAGGCAGAGGCCAAGAUCAAACAGGCUGAGCUCAGCAUGGAGGAGGAGAAGGAAAAGAUGCUCAAGGAUUUAAAGAGAGGAAAGUCUGAAGCCUUUUCUGUCAUGCAACAAGAAUCAGAAAAAGCUUUUUCCGAAAAGUUGGCUCUUGCGCUAGAGGAAUGUGAUAUCAAAUGGAAUGAAAAGAUGGCUACCCAACAACAAGCUCACAAUGAAGAGGUGGCACUAAAAGAAAAAGAAAAAGAGCUGGCUCUGAAUACCAUGCAGAUGGAGGUGCGUCAAAAACUGCAGGAGAAAGAAGAGGAAGUCAGGCUGGCACUGGAGGAGAGAGAGCUCCAGAAAAUGGCUGCCGUGUCAGGGCUGGAUGAACAGAAGGAUGAACUGCUGAGACGAAUUGAAGAUUUGAACUCGGAAAAAGUGGAGCUGAGUAACAGGAUAGCCAAGCUCCAGGAAGACAUGAAGCAGGAGUUGUCUGAGCUGGCUGACAAGCUGAGCAGGGCAGAGCAGGAGCACCAGCAGCUGGUAGACAACCUGACAGCCAGUCACCAGGUGGCGCUAGAGGAUGUCAGGACACAGCUGACACAGAGACACACGGAGGAGAUGGAGAUGUUGAAGCAGAGACACACGGAGGAGAUGCAGUCAUUGAGUGACAGACUGGACAAAAGCAUACAGGACAGUACCAAAGACAAUGAAGCGUAUUACAGCUCUCAGCUAGACGCUGUCAAAUCUGAGAUGGACAAAGCUUUGAGUGAGGCAACUGGUCAGCUGGAACUGACCAGGAACUCUCUAACUGAAGCCUUGACCAAGUUGUCUGAAACAGAGAGCAGCCUGUUGACAACCAGGGAUGAGCUGGCUACCAAAGUUAGAGAACACGAGGCUCAAGUGGAGGAACUUUACGCAGCCAUCAAUGGUAAAGGAGAACAAAAUGAUGAACUAGUUAAAAAUUUAGCAACCCUGAAAUCACUCUUGCAAGAAAAGGAGCAGGAAAAAAGUGAAUUAAUUCAGAGACUUGAUACACUGCAGGAAGAAUGUUCUAGAUUAAAACAACAGGGGGAGACUACAGAAGGUGAAGCUAAAAAUAGACUGGAAGAUUUGUAUAAGGAAAAGGAAAAAUUACAAGAUCAGGUAGAAAUGUUGACGACGCAGCAAUCAGAGCAUGAGGCAAAACAACAAUCACUAGAACAGGCAAAUAGUGAGUUGACCAAUCAAAACACAGAACUGGUCAGUCAGGGCCAGAUUUUAUCAGAUGAGUUGAGUUCAGUGCGAGAUGAGCUGACCACUACACUCAACCAGGUGCGGACAUUAGCCGCAGAGAAGAGCAGACUUGAAGUGGAGUUCCAGCAGAAGUUAACACAAGCUGAGCAAGAUAAGGAUGCCGUCGACUCCAGUCUUGUGAUGGUGAAAGAGGAGAGGAUUAAACAGUUAGAAACUGAACAAGAAAGUCAGAUUAAAACUUUAGAAACCAACCAGAUGAAAUUAGAAGAAUUAGAAAAAUAUUUCAAUUCUUACAAGGAAGAAACAAGUAAUGAGAAAAGGGAGUUAACUUCCAAAUUAGAACAGGCAGAGUUGGAGUUGACGCAGUUUAAAGAGGUUAUUAGAAGUUUGGAGACGUGUCAGGGAGUGGUGGAGAGAGAGAAGGCCCAUCUGGAGGAGAAGCUGACCAACCUGGAGGACAUUGUGGAGGAUUUGAAACACUCCAAGGAGGAGCUGAGCCAAGGACAAGCAGCAUUCAUGGAGAAGACAACAGCAGAAAAACAGAGCCUGGAAACUAUGGCUGACGAACUGGCGACUCAGCUUAAUAUUUGUAAGGAAGAAAUUCAAGAGCUAAACAAGACAAUCAUCUCCAAGAAUGAUGAGAUUCUGGCUCUUCGGUCCGUGUUAGAUGACAAUUCAGAGUUCAUCAAAAGUUUAGAAAGCAAAAAUGAGACAUUGUCAGCUGAGUUGCAGGCCAAGGUUGUCACACUGGGGGAUGCUGAGGAAAAACUCUCAAGCAGUAUGGCCAAGUUUGAGAAACUAAAAACAGAGGCCAAUGUCAAGGUUAAAAGUUUAAAAGAAAUGAAAGAUUCCUUGAUGGCACAGUUGGAGUUGCAACAAAAGGAGUUUGAAGAACUGUCAGCUGCUAAUGCUGCUGAGAAAAAACUGCUGGAGACAAACUGUGAGGAAAAGGUGAAAAACUUGCAGGAAGAAAUGAAAGCUCUGGAACUUUCUUUCAAGGAACAGUUUGAACAGAAGCAGGUCAAGUUUAAAGAGAUGAUGACCAAGAUUAAAGAGCAUUAUGAAGAGAAGCUCAAAGAAAAAGAUUCCCAGUUUGAGGAUCGCCUCAAGGAGUUGACCUCCCAGAAGGACCUUGGCCUUGAGGACAUGACCAAGCAGUUUGAGGCUGUGAGAGAGGAACAGCUGAGGAACACAGAACAAAAGUACCAAACAACCAUCACAGAACUGACUGCAGAGUGGGAGGCUCGGUGCAAGAAUCUCUCUGAUGAUCACAGUGACAAGCUCAACUCCUUGGCUGCUGACCAUCAGAAGACAGUCAGUGAGUUGCAGCAGAGACAAGCAGACGCAGAGAGCCAGGUGGUUCAGCUACAAGAGCAGCUCAAGUCUGCUGAGGCUGAGCUGGACAUGUUGAAGUCUCAGAUCAAAGAACUCUGUGAGAAACACGCCCAGGAAAUAGAAAAUGCCAUUAAGUUCAAGAAGGAUGUGGAAAAUCUGAAUUCACAACUGGCCGACCAGGAGAAUGUAUUACAAGAAGUGAGAACCAGUUUUGAGAGUGUGACCAAAGAGAAAUCAGAGCUUGGUGUGGAGGCAGAGUCCCUGAGACAGCAGCUGAAGAGCUGUGAGAACAGGCUGGAGACCAUGGCUGGAACCAUCUCAGCUGAGCAGGAGCACCUACAGAAACAGUUGAACCUGGAGGUGGAGCAGAACCAGGACCUGACCAGACAGAACGCCUCCCUCCUGCAGCAGCUGAGCCAGGUGGAGGAGAAGUUCCAGACAGAGCUGCAGGAAAAAGAUGUGUUGCUGCUGGAUGCCAACCAGAAGCUCUCCCAGCUGCAGGUGGAGCACACGUCCAUGGAGGAGAUGCUCAGGGCCAUCAAUGAUGCAGCUCAGCAGAAAGACUCAGCUUUAAAUAACUUACAAGAAAGUUUACAGUCUGUUACUGGAGAAAAAGAAUCUGUCAUUAAAAAACUGGAAGAAGAACUUCAAGUUAAAUCUGAUAAAAUUUUAAAGCUACAGGAAGAAAUAACUGUCAAAUGUAAUGAGAUUUCCAAGUUGCAGGAAGAAUUAUCAGUUAAAGAGCAAGCAGUAAAUGAAGUGAAACUAAGUCACGCAAACGAGAUGGACGAACUUAAACAAAGGUUUGAGUCCCAGAUAGCUCAGCUGACAUCAGAGACCCAGGCCUUAGAGAAACAGGUUCAAGAGGUCACAGAGAGAGAGCAGGAGGCUGCCAGCAGACUGGAGGAACAAAGGCUGGCAUCAGAGCGCCAGGAAUCUUCUUUAGCAGAGCAGGUCAACGUCCUGAAGCAGCAGCUCCAUGAGAGCCAGAGACAGGCUGAGCUGUCCUCCACUGAGCUGCAGGCUAGUCUGCAGCAGAGGGUGUCAGAAGGCGAGGAGAAGCUGUUCUCCCAGCUCAAGCUUCACCAGGAGGAGCUGGAGAGUGCCAGACUAGCAGCAGAGCAGAAGUUGAAGGACCUCAAGCAGAAGUAUGUCAUCAAGCUAAAGGAGAUCCAGGGCCAGGCCAAGUCAACCAUUGAAGAUUUAGAAAGUACGUUGAGGGCAGAGAAAACUGCCAAGGAUGAGAUCCACUCUGAGCUGACCAGAGCCAACACACGACUCCUACAGCUGGAGGAGAACUCUGGACUCUCACAUGACACCAUUGUUGAUCUGGAGCGAAAGGUGGAGGAAAUGAAAAGAGAUAUUUCUGACAAGGAUAGAGAGUUAGCCAAAUUGAAUACAGAUAUAAAAGAAAAUGAAAAAAAUAUGCAGGAAAUUUUAGAUGAAACACAGACAAGUUAUCAGCAGUUGAAUGAAAAGUUGAUGCACACUGAAGCCAAACUAAAUGAACGUGAGUCACAGUUGGAGAAAGUUGAAACAGAGUUGAAAGAAAAAUCUAAUUCACUUGUAGAGAGUAGUUUAAGUGUGGAAAAUUUAGAGAAGAAAAUUAGUGAGUUGACAACAGAACAUUUGCUAGAAAAAGAGAAACUAGAACUAAAUCUACAAGAGACCAACAAAAAACUGUCAGAAUUGGAACAAGAACUAAAGGACAGAGAUGGCAGAAUUGUAGAACUCGAGACAUCAAUCCAAGUACACAGUAACAGAUGUGCUGAGAUAGAAGCACUGCUAGACAAGACACAGAGACUGCUGGAAGAGUCUGAGAACAGACACGUCGAACUGGAGACCAAAGUCCAGUCUGCUGACACAGCUUACUCACAAGUACAAGAAAAUAUCAAGCAGGAAUACGAAUCCCAGUUGCAGAAAUUAAAAGAAUCCCACGAGGCUGAGGUGUCAGAGCUGACGUCUAAGAUGGAGGCCCAGAGUAGUGCUAAAGUAGCAGAAUAUAAAAAGAAAGCAGAGGCUUACAUUUCUCAGGUAAAAAAACAACUUCAGGAUGAGAAGAGUUCCACUACUGGACAACAGCAAGAAAUCAUUAACAACUUGGAGAGUACAGUGUCCACUUUAAACUCCGAGAUUGAAAAUUUGAAGCUGUUAAAAGACAAGCUUAUAGUUGAUCAUGAGAGCGAAAUUAAAAAUUUGAAGACUUUACACAAUGAAGAGCUCCAGUCUAAAGAAGCAGUGAUUAGUAAAUAUGUUGAUAAUGAAAACAACUCUCAUCAAUCAGAAUCAAAUCUUAAAGAAGAAAUUGAUAAGUUGCUGUCUGAAAAAUCCUCUCUUUUAGAAAAACUCAGUGAUAAUGAACGUGAUAAAGACAAUGCUAAUAAACAACACCUAAUAGACUUGAAGAACUGGGAGGAUAAAUAUUCUCUACUUGAGAAAGAGUUAGAGUCCCUUAAAAUAGAAAAAGACGAGGAGUUGUCAGCCCUUGAAAAAUCAGUGUCAGAAAAGAUGGAGCAGCUUGAAAAGAAACAUGAAGCUGCUCUUGAAGAGCAGGCGAGUGACCAUUCCUCUAAGUUGAAGCAACUGGUCAAGGACCUUAAUCAACAGCUGAGUGAAAAGGAAAGGGAGUUUGAAGCCACACUAAGGGAGGCGAUAGAAAAGAGUGAAAGGGGAGAGCAGGGCUUGAUGAAGGAGCACCAGGAUGACCUGACUGAGUUGAGGAAAGAAAUUUUAGAGAGAGAUGAGCGUAUUCAGGAUCUUCAUGUGGAAUAUAAGGCUAAACUUGAGGCCCUUGAGGAAUCUCUUACACGCAAAAUAAAAGAACUUCAGGCAGAAUUAGUUUCUGCUAGGCAAGAACAUCAACAGGUAAUUGUUGCUUUAGAACAGAAAUUGAAAUCAGAGCACCAAAAGUUACUUCAAGCUAAAGAGAGCUCCCAUCAGGAGGAAGUAACUGCUCUGACUAAAGAGUGGAAUAAUGAAAGGAAGGAGAUGGUUCAGCAGAAUCAGGUUGCUCUGAUGGCAUUUCAGAAAAAUGACCAAACAUCUCUGCAGAAGCAGGUCAUCCAUCUGACUCAGCAGCUGGAGCAGUUGAAGCAGAAGCAUAAACUGGAACUUGCUGAAGCUUUCAGCAGAGCUGAGAUGGUGCAAGGCUCUUUAGUGCAGCCCCUGGUGGCAGCCCCUGUGUCACUGUCUAUGGAGGCAUCCAACACAGACUUCUCUGUGGAGCUGCAAGACCUAGAGCUCCACAACAUUGACUUGCAGGCACAAGUGUCACACUUAAAUGGGGAAUUAAGUCAAUAUAAAAUUAAGGAGAGGGACUUGUUAAGAAAGUUGGAAAAGAUGGAAAGAUCAAACAAAGGUAUACCAGAUGAUGAUGAUCCCCCAUUAAAUCUUGAUGGCUCCUAUCUAAACCAUGAUGACUCGGCUGUGUUUAGAGAACCUACAGAGUUUGAGUAUCUGAAGAAUAUAUUAUACGAGUACAUGAUGGGUAGAGAAACAAAGACCCUGGCUAAAGUCAUAGCCACAGUUGUAAGAUUUUCUGAUGAGCAAACAAAGAACGUCAUAACUAAAGCUGAAUCAAGAUUGUCAGGAGAGUCUCUGAAAUAAGCCUUCCCUUGAAGUGGCUACAUUCAUCAUGAUUGAUGGGGAAAUUCAACUUAAUUAUAACAUUCCAUUCCAUGAAGACAUCACCAAUCCCUGAACUGUGAAACGUGUAACAGCCUUGAAAAGAAAUGUUUGAAACACAUGCAUGACACAGCAGAAUGUUCCUGCUCUUGUGACGUUGUCUCCCUUAUUUAUGCAUUGUAUAGAGUUUCUAUAAAAAGUGUUUGGGUACUUGUACAUGACAAUACUUGGGAUCUGCUUACUAUAUUUAAUAAUAUAAAGUAGGAGCACUUUAUUUCUAGAAAAUACAGUUUAUGUGAUUAUCAAUACCAUAUUUCAUAUGUACAAUUGUAUCUAAGCAUAGUUUGUAAUCUUUUUUUUUUAUCUAUUUAAAAUUGUGAUAUUAUGUCUAUAUUUUCUUAUCUGCUCAGUAUAUUUGGAAUUUUAAUCUUUAUUCAAAGUUUCAAUGGAAUUUGAACAUAUACAGCAAACAUUCAUCAUGUAAAUAUUAUAUUCUUUGAGAAAAGUUGUCAUUUUACAGAAGGUAAAAAGAUCUUGACAUAAUUUUUUAAAAGCGAUAGAAAAGAUAAAAGUUCUUUUCAAACUAGUUAACAGGGUUUUUAUUUCAUAAAUAUUUGUUUUAUAUUUAAAAAUUUCUUUAACAAAUUCAUACAUGACACAAUUCAAAAAAUCAUAAGCAUAAUAAAUUACUGAAUUUAUGAUUAAUAAAUUUGUGAUGUACAUUUUGGGGACUAUAUAAAAGAGUAGAUAAGCUCUUAUUAGUUUCUGACAAGUUGUCUACACUCAACAUAGAGUGGCAUUUACUCUGUUUUAAGGCACCAAUUAAUGCAGUUUUAAGUAUCGCUAAAACAAAGCAUGUUAACUUUAUACUGCAGUCUUAAGACUCCCUAAUUCAGUAUGUGAACCCCACACAGCAGUCUAAAAUCUCCCUAAUUCAGUAUGUGAACCCCACACAGCAGUCUAAAAUCUCCCUAACUCAGUAUGUGAACC